GGCACAAAGAGCACUAUGAACGCGGCUUGGCGUUAAGUACCCACAGCUUCAGCGGGACGUGUCUACGCUUUUAACAGGAGAAUCUCACGGAGCUGCUGGGUAACCAACGGGAGGCUGCCGCCGCACUCCGCGCUCUGGUGAUUGAGGCAGCUGGGGUUACCCGGCGUUCAUCUGCACCAGGUAAUAACAAGACUUUCUCCCGCGCUGAAGUCCCCCCGCCGCUCAGACGGCUUUAACGACGUUCUGCCGUCUCAUUCGCGCCGCCAACUUAUCCUCUAUUUUCCCGUCCGUCAAAUACAUGAUGGGACACGCCAACUCCUACCACCUUCUCUUGUGUUUCUUUAUUUCUCUGACUUUCGUUACGGCUCAAAAUCCCACCGUCGAGCUGAAGUCUGGAGCCGUGAUGAUGGGCAAACGUAUCACGCUGAACAAGGCGGACAAUGACUUGGUUUCUGUUGACCAGUACCUCGGCAUUCGCUACGCGGAGGCACCGCUCGGGGCUUCCCGGUUUAGAAUGGUUUCUGUCCAAGACCCAAAAUGGAGCGGCACCCAGAACUAUACGGCCUUCGGCGCGGCGUGCAUGCAGCCUGUCCGGACCACCAGCACAAACAUGCCGGCCUGGACCCGCCAGGAGAUCCUGACCAUGCAGACUUACGUGCAGACUCGCAGCGAAGACUGUUUGUUUCUGAACAUCUACUCCCCUGUUAGCAGAGAUACUAAUCAACCCAUGCAGAACCGGACGGUGAUGGUGUUCAUCCACGGUGGCUGGUGGUCCAGUGGAACUGGCGCUAUGUAUGAUGGAACCGUUCUUGCGAGUUAUGGCAAAGUCAUCGUCGUUACCUUCAACUACAGACUGGGUGUAUUCGGUUUUCUGAGUACCGGUGACGGUAGCGCCAUGGGGAACGCCGGUCUCUGGGAUCAGGUCCGGGCGCUGGAGUGGAUCCAGAAGUACAUUAAGUACUUUGGAGGAAAUCCGAACAAUGUCGUCAUCUUCGGUUCCGGCUCUGGUGCGGCUUGCGUUAAUCUGCUGAUGAUGUCUCCAAAUGUUAAAGCAAAAGCUCUGUUUAGCCGAGGUAUUUCCCAAAGUGGGACGGCGAUGGCCACGUGGUCUAUCAGUAGAUCAGGGCGUCAGUACGCCCAGACUGUAGCCAAGGCAGCAGGCUGUGAUGUCAACAACAACACGGGGGCUAUGGUGAACUGUCUCAGGGUAAUCAAUGGAAAUACCCUGGCGAACAUUACCCGAUACGACCCAGAAAAGUCACCGUACUAUCGGGCAUUUUCUCCGGUAGUGGAUGGGAUUCUUGUACCAGACGACCCAAAGAAGUUGCGUGAUUCACUGCCGUUCACCACUUAUGACUACAUGGUCGGUGUGGCUGAGAGCGAUGGCUUCAUGUAUGUAGAGGGAAUCGAUGGCAUCUACGAUGGCAUAGACCGGAAUAGAUUUGAAAGUGUAGUUCGAAGUUUCGUUCAGGAUGUUUUCCAAACUAGACUUCAAGAAAUAAUUGACGCAGUUACUUUCAGCUACACUGACUGGGGGGACAGAAACAAUGACUUGAAACGCAGGAAAAGCACAGUGGCUCUCUUCACGGAUUUCUUCUUUGUCGUUCCUGCAAUAAAAACUGUGAACUCGCACUCGAGGAACUCCCCCACAAAGAAGACGUUCUUUUAUACAUUCCAACAUCAGAGCGAAAACACGUCUGUCCCGGAUUGGACUGGAGCGAUUCACGGAGAGGAACUGCCGUUUGUGUUUGGAGCGCCCAUCGCCAACACGCAGCUCGUGUCUCCAGAUGGUUUAUACUCCUUCACGUCAUACUCCAAGCAAGAGGCCAUGUUGAGUGUAGCGAUCAUGACCUACUGGACCAACUUUGCAAAAACAGGGAAUCCCAAUCUGCCAGAAACGCAAAAGGAGAUUUUUCUCAGCACCAAACCCAACAAGUAUCAAGGUGUAAAUUGGCCUCGGUACAUAUAUGAAAGGCAACAGUACAUUUACAUGGGCAUGAAGCCUCGGAUGAGGGAGUACUACCGUGCUCACAAGCUGGCCUUCUGGAUGGAAUGGCUGCCCAGCAUCGUGAGACCCAGAACCUCGCCAACUCCCUCCAUCGACCCUUACCGGCCAGGAUCAGCCAUUUGUCCCAACUUUGCCCCUACUAAGGGGCCGUGGAAGCCUGGUCCUGGCAUUGCAGGAAUAAACGAUCUGUUCGGCACACAACCACCUCAACAGGACCACUCUAGGGAACUCAGUAUAACCAUAGCCGUGGGAACUUCUUUACUACUCAUCAAUAUCAUUGUAUUCGCACUCCUAUACUAUAGGAGAGAUAAACGGAAACGGAACGACGAAAAGGACACUCCUGGACUUAUGCAUAAAAUGCAAAGCAAUCACUGCAGCAAUUCUCCCACGAUUCGGAUUGUGGAAAUGAGGGACGCCAACCUCCCUAUCGCCAAUUCACAAAAGUGUUUAAGCAAGAAAGAUGGAGGAAAGUGUUUAUUUUCCAAAAGUGGGCCUACUACCUGGAACCGUUACACACCAGGUGGCCGCCAGUACAUGUAUGUGAACAAGGACUCCAAGUUUGCAGGGGACACAUUUUACAGAGCCAUGAAAGUCGCUUUCUGGACGGAGCUUGUGGAGAGUUGGCAAAAAACUCCCUAUAACGCUUCUAGACCUCCCCCAGCCUCGUCUCCCCUCGGCCCGACCUGCCCGCCUCGCAGCUUCCCCGGAGACAGGGGCAGAGUCUGGGUACCGAACCCAACCCCGAGGAUUCCCUUCCCGACCGCUCCACAAGCACGAAAAACAGGAAACAACAACGUCGGCCUCGCCAUUGCCAUUGGCCUCUGCCUGCUCGUCAUUAACAUCAUAGUGAUGGUGGUGUGCUACAUACGGUGCCGGUCCACUGACAAGGAGACGGAGGAGCCCACUAUACCAGAUAUCAACACAGACAGCCCUACACUUCAUGCACCACAGUUUGGAAGCCCGGGUCUGCGUGAAGCCACAAUUCUUCCCUCAUCCAGCACUGAAGACUCCCUCAUGCCACCAGACUCCACAAAAGUUCUGCCUGUCGCUCUGGGAGAACCUCCCAAAAUCAUGAGCCUUCCGCUAAUCAACGGGCCCCUCCGCCUGCCCAAUGGGGACGCUAUCGUCCCGGUGGCCGUAGAGAAAAACAGCCCUGUCCCGCCACCACCGUUUGAUGUGGACGAUCAUGUGGUGCUUUAGUUAAAACCAAACUUCUGUAAUAAUCAUGGGUGUUCACGUGUCAUCUGGUGUACUAUUGUACAUGACUGUCUUAGAUGUUCUGGUUGUUCAUUGUGCAAAUACCGACCUAAAAGCAACUUAAAUCUAAUCAAUAACUUUUUUGAAUAUACGCGACAAAAUAUUAACGAAGAAUACGACUAAAAUCAAACUGAUCAUAUGACAGGAAUAAAAAAAUCGCUAGACUUAUACGACAAUGAUGUGAUCCAGUAGACUUGAUAAAAGCUAAUUUCAAGAUCAAAGAAACAGAUGCACUUUGAAUGGCUCGAAAACCAGCAUCAAACUACAGGAAAUCCAGCUUGUAGCAAACACCAGAUAUUUAUUACAUUUCGGUGUAAAUGUCAAAAAGUUAUAUUAGAUUCAAAGGAGUGAAGACAAAAUGUAUUGAAUUAUGCAAACAUAUAUUAGUGUAUUAAAAUGGUAUCGUAUGAUGAUUACAGUUAUCAAAUAUUCGGACAAAAUCAAAUAACUACAAAAAACAACAGAGCAGACUGAACUGAGUACAAACAUUUCUUUCUGAAACUAUGUAUUACUAAUUCAAUCUUUACAAGAAGUGAUGUUUAACCCACGCUGCCUUUUAAACAGUGAAGUUGCAUUAAGGAUAUGUAUCAUAAAAAUAUAUAUACAUGACAUGGAAAGCGUUUGUCUACAACACUCAAACGUUUUCUGUUCAAACUAGAAUAUUAUCUUUAUAAUAUCAAUCAAAAUAUACCAAGUAAUUUAUGCACCGUCUGUAUACUUGAUCACUGUCAUCAUUUUGAGCCAAAUAUAGUAUAUUUACUUUCAUAACUCAAUCAAUUUACACUUUAU